UGCAUUGCAACCACCUGAAAACUCCUCUCCUUUUUUUCUUUUUUUUUCUCUUCUCUCUCCGCCUCGCAGAGUCGCAGCGGAGGAGUUGCAUAGACGAAGCGGAGGAGGAGGCAGCGAGGCGAGGCGAGCCCAAUCGGAAGGCAUGGAUAGAUACCAAAGGGUGGAGAAGCCUCGCAAUGAGACACCAAUUAGUGAGAAUGAGAUCAGGAUCACUGCACAGGGGAGGAUGAGGAACUAUAUCAGCUAUGGGAUGUCGUUGCUUGAGGACGCGCUUGCAAAUUGACAUUGUGGACAGUGAAGAUAUUUUUAGGGAUACCCUGAAAAUGGGCAUGAUGAGAUUGUCAUCAAAGCUAUGGGAAGAGCCAUCAAUAAGACAGUCAUGGUUGUUGAAUUGAUCAAGAGAAGGAUCGGUGGUCUUCAUCAGAUUACAUCUACUGAAUCAAUUGACAUCACGGACACUUGGGAACCUUUGGAAGAAGGCCUUCUCCCCCUAGAGACCACCCGGCAUGUAUCAAUGAUCGCCAUAACAUUAUCCAAGAAAGCACUGGAUACGUUAUCUCCAGGGUACCAGCCACCUAUCCCAGCUGAAGAAGUGAGACCCGCUUUUGACUAUGAACACGAAGAAUCUUUCCCCACUAAUCGUGGAAGAGGCCGUGGUGGUGGCAGAAGAGGCAGGGGCAGAGCCAUGAGCAAUGGUCCCCCCGCUUAUGAUUAUGGCGAGGAGUGGGAAGAGGAAGGAGAUUAUUACAACUACAGAGGCAGAGGGAGAGGCCGAUUUAGAGGACGAGGACGUGGAAGAGGCCGUGGUGGCUACUACGGAGGUGGUCGACGUGGUGGAUAUGGCUAUGAUUACGGUUAUGGCGGCAGGGGGGACUAUUAUGAAGAUCAGGGCGAAUACUUUGAAGAACCAGAGGACUACCCCCCUCCAGGCCGUGGACGUGGCAGGGGAAGAAGGGGCGGAGGACCGGGACCAUUCCGUGGUCGCGGCCGUGGGCGUGGUCGAUUCUAAGAUGAAAUCAGGAGGAGGUGCCCUUGAAGCUUGAGAACUCGUGUGCUUAAAUUAUCUGAUAAUGCUGUUCUGUAUGGGGGUUUCGACAUGAAUCCGUAUGCCCCAUCAGUAUGUUUUUACUUCCCGUGGCGGUGUGACUGAUUGGGCAAAUUUUGUGGCUGGAUCUUGGUUUUGUAGCUAGGCCUGUCCUGUCAGCAAAAGCAACAACAAACAAACAAACACCCUGUGCUGCUGUUUAUUUAUCAACAACCUAGGUUUCCUUCC